GACUUGAGUUUGAUGUGUGAAGUGAAUUCUAAUUCAAUUUUUAGAUACAAAAAUAACGACGAUUAUUUAUUUGCAGAUACACAUGAAUUUGCGUUGAAUAAAAAAAUAUGAUAAGUAAUUGUAAAAAAAUAUAUCGGUAAAAUGAUGAGAACUUCUGAAUAUUUACAUUAAUCUGAAUUUCUUGUUAAACUUAUCAGUGUUUUUGUUAUUGAUGUGAGAUUGAAACUGCAUUAUUGGAGUAUUGCGGCAAUUUGUUGAUCCGUCGUUCUGUAGAUAUUCAUGCGAUGCAGCGGGCGCCGGAGCUAGUGAAAGAGAAUGUGCGGGCGGCGGGCGUGGUGCCGCUGCGAUGGCUGCUGGGCGCCGCGCUGGCCACGGCGCUGACGCUGCUGGUGGCCGCGCUGGCGGACCGGCGCCUGCCGGCCGCGCUGGACCGCACGGCGCCGCCGGAGCACUUCAUCGCGCAGAUCGCACACGAGCAUCUCGUCAACAUCACGUCCAUCGGCCCUCGGGUGGCGGGCAGCUACGAGAACGAGGUGGCGGCCGUGCGCGUGCUGGUGGCGGCGGCGCGCGCGCUGGCGGCGCAGGCGUCGCCGCACAACCGCGUCGACUACGACGUGUUCACGGCCAGCGGCGCCUUCUCGCUCACCUUCCUCGACGGCAUGAGCAACGUCUACCGCGACGUGCAGAGCGUGGUGGUGCGCGUGCGCGGCGCGGGCGGGCGCGGCGGCGCGGCGCGGCGCGCGCUGCUGCUCAACUGCCACUUCGACACCGUGCCCGACAGCCCGGGGGCCAGUGAUGACGCGGCGGGCUGCGCGGUGGGGCUGGAGGUGCUGCGCGCGCUGGCCGCGGGCGCGCCGCUGCGCCACGACGUGCUGCUGCUGCUCAACGGCGCCGAGGAGAACAUCCUGCAGGCGUCGCACGCCUUUGUCACGCAGCACCCCUGGGCGAAGUCUUUGCGCGCCUUCAUCAACAUGGAGGCGUGCGGCGCCGGCGGGCGCGAGGUGCUGUUCCAGGCCGGCCCGCACGACCCCUGGAUCAUGGAGGUGUACGCGGGCGCGGUGCCGCACCCCUUCGCGUCGUCGGUGGCGCAGGAGCUGUUCCAGAGCGGCCUCAUCCCGGCCGACACCGACUUCCGCAUCUUCCGCGACUACGGGAACCUCUCAGGCGUGGAUCUGGCGUGGAGCAGCAACGGCUACGUGUACCACACGGCGCUGGACACGGCGGCGCGCGUGCCGGCCGCCGCGCUGCAGCGCACGGGCGACAACGUGCUGGCGCUGGCGCGGGGCCUGCUGCGCAGCGCGCGCCUCGAGGCGGCCGUGGAGCUGGAGGAGCAGCCCGUGUUCUUCGACGUGCUGGGCUUGCUGGUGGUGUCGGCGCGCGCGCCCGCCGCGCUGGCUGCGCUGCUGCUCGUGCUGCUGCUGCUGGCGGCCGAGCUGGUGCUGUCGGCGCGGGACGCCUCCAAACAGCUGUACAUGCCGCCGGGCGCGUGGGUGCGCGUGGUGGCGCGCGCGGCGCUGGGCGUGCUGCUGUGCUGGCUGGCGGGCGCGGCGGCGGCGUUGCUGCCGGCGCUGCUGCUGCACGCGGCGGGUGCGCGCCUCGCGUUCUACUCGCGCGCGUGGCUGCUGCUGUCGCUGUACGCGGCGCCGGCGCUGUGCGGCUGCUGGGCGGACGCGCGGCACACCUGGGGCACGUGGCUGGGCGGCGGCGCGGCGCGGCUGGCGCGAGGCUGGUGGGCGUGGCGCGCGUGGCGCGACGCGCUGGCGCUGUGGAGCGGCGCGGCGGCGGUGGCGGGCGCGGCGUGCGGUGCGCGCUCGGCGUUCGUGCCGCUGCUUUGCGCGCUGCCGGCGCUGGCGGGGCUGCUGUGCCGGCGCGGAGCGCGCGGCGCGGCGCUGCACGCGCUGGCGGCGGCGCUUCCCGCGCUGCAAUGCGCCUACCUGGCGCUAAACUCCGUGCAGAUGUUCGUGCCCAUCAUGGGCCGCGCCGGCACGCCGCUGCUGCCCGCCGACGUGACGAUGGCGCUGCUGGUGGCGCUGCUCACGCUGCUCACGUUCAGCUGGAUGCUGCCGCUCGUGGUGGCCGCCAGGAACCCCAACCUCUUGCUGUACUGCGGCAUGGCGCUGUGCGCGCUGAGCGCGGCGCUGGCGCUGGGCCCGCUGCGCGCGCCCUACACGCUGGAGCGGCCGCAGCGCCUCAUGCUGUUCCACACGCGCCGCACCGUGCACGGCGGCGGCGCGCCGCGCGUCGAGCACUUGUACUGGGUGCCCGAGCUGGACGCCAACACGCCCGCCACCGUGCAGCAUGUAGUGUCCGCGGCGGCCGGCGCGCGCGCCGAGCCGUGGAGCAGCGCGGAGGAGUGCGCGCGCUGGGCGUACUGCGGCGCGCCCUACUUCCUGCCCGUGCUGUCGCUGGUGGCGCGCGGCCAGCGCCUGCGCGCAUCCGAGCCGCCGCGUGCUGAGCUGCGCGUGCGCGCCGCCCUCGAACGCACGGCCGAGCCGCUCCGCCGCACGCUCACGCUCAACAUGACGGGGCCGGCGCACGCCGUGGUGAUCCUGGCGCCGGCGGCCGGCGCGCGCGUGCCGUGGUGCGACGCGGUGCGCGGCGCGCCGCAGGCCGGGCCGCGCUGGGGCGCGCGCCGCACCUACUUCAUCGCGCUGCACGACGCGCGCGCCACGCCGCACGCGCGCUGGACGCUCGUGUGCCACGUGCAGAAAGGGCCGGGCGCGGCGGGUGCGGCGGAGGGACAGGGCUGGGUGCAGGUGUCGGCGGCGGGGCACGCCAUGGCGGGCGCGGCGCAGCGCACGGCGCGGCACGCGCAGCUGCUGGCGGCGCUGCCGGCGUGGAGCGCGCCCACGGGCUGGGGCGUCGACCUGCACCUCAUGGAGCUCUAGCCGGCGGCGUCUCCACAGCGGUGACCGGUGAUGCAAAUGCGCGCCCACUUCGCAGUCUAAUAUUGCUGAAUGUCAUCACACGAGUGUAGUCAAAUCAUUUCGUGUUGACCGUAAGUAGGUGACGGUCGGUGGAGGUUUAAUGUGUUUAUUUUAGUCGGGUGCUUGUCAUAGUUAAGUAUGAGUUUAUCGAUUUGUUAAUUUAUCAAUUUACGACGGAUGAUAAUAAAUUAAGAUCCAUCGCGCGGUCGACUAGUCGCCCGGCUACUCGGUCGACGAGAUGGUAUGGGAGUGCGCAUAGACACGGUGACUUCCACAUACACCGACGACCGAGUCGCCGGGCGUCUAGUCCGAUAGACCGUGCGUAGGUAAUGAGUCUAAAGGUGUCGUCACGAAUUUUAUUGCCAAAAGAAAAA